GUCAAUUGUCUAGAAGCUCCGAAGCAAAGUAUUUGGUUUUCUCUAGACGCAAGUCAAAUACAUUAAUAAAAUAUAAAAUAAACAAGUUUAAUAGAAAUAAAAUGGAAGUAAAACAAGAAUUUAGUGAGGAAACGUGUAAAGUAGAAAUAGAAUAUAAUGACUUAGAUGAUGCUCUUCUGGAUGGCUCUAAAUGUGAAAUUAAGGAGGAAUCCAAUACACAAACUACACAUGACUAUGUAGACUUCAAGGAAUCUUCUAGACAUACUGAAAUAUACCAAGAUAUAAGUAAACUGAAGCCAAUUGAAGAAAACCAAAAAUCUGAAAAAGGUGUUACUCAAGAGGAGAACAAAAUGAAAAUUGUGGAAACAUUUGGUGAACGUUCAUCGCGUAAAGAACACUGUACCAGUCGGCACGCUGAGGAAAAAACUAUAAAUCAAAAUAAAAAAGUUCAGAUUCGACCGCGACCUUACAAAUGUGAUUUUUGUUUCAAACAGUUUUCUACACCACAUAAAUUGGAAGGACAUAUGAGAGUGCACAAUGGAGAAAAACCUUAUAAGUGUAAAAUUUGUUUCAAGCGGUUUGCUCAGGCAUUUAAUUUAAAAAAACAUUUGAGAGUGCACACUGGGGAAAAACCUCAUAAGUGUGAAAUUUGUUUUAAUCAGUUCACUGAUUCAAGUGUUUUGAAAAAUCAUUUGAGAAUGCACACUGGAGAAAAACCUCAUAAGUGUGAAAUUUGUUUUAAGCGAUUUACUCAGGCAUGUAAUUUGAAAAGACAUUUGAGAUUGCAUACUGGAGAAAAGCAAGAAAAACCUCAUCAGUGUAAAAUUUGUUUGAAGAGGUUUAGUACAGGUCAUUAUGUGAAAAGACAUAUAGCAAUACACGCCGGAGAAAAACCAUACAAGUGUGAAAUUUGUUUCAAGCAUUUUAGUCGAGCGAGUAAUUUGAAAAAACAUUUGAAUGUGCACACUGGAGAAAAACCUUAUAAGUGUGAAAUUUGUUUUAAUCAGUUUACUGUGGCAAAUAAUUUAAAAACACAUUUGAGAAUACACUCUGGAGAAAAACCUUUUAAGUGUGAAAUUUGUUUUAAUAAGUUCACUGCGGCAAGUUCUUUGAGAGCUCAUUUGAGAAUGCACACUGGAGAAAAACCUCAUAAGUGUAAAAUUUGUUUGAAGAGGUUUAGUACAAGUCAUCAUUUGAAACGACAUAAUAUAACAAUGCACAAUGAAGAAACAUCUUACAAGUGUGAAAUUUGUUUUAAGCAGUGUGGCGAUGCAACUACUUUGAAAAUACAUUUGAGAGUGCACACUGGAGAAAAACCUCAUAAGUGUGAAAUUUGUUUUAAGCAGUUUAGUCAAGCGUCUAUUCUAAAAACACAUUUGAGAGUACACACUGAAGAAAAACCUUACAAGUGUGAAAUUUGUUUAAAGCAGUUUAGUGAAAGAGGUACUAUAAAAAAACAUUUGGUGGUUCACACUGGAGAAAAACCUUACAAGUGUGAAAUUUGUUGUAAGCAGUUUACUCAACACGGUUAUUUAAAAAUACAUUUAAGAAUCCAUACUGGAGAAAAACCUUACAAGUGUGAAAUUUGUUUUAAGCAGUUUAGUCGAACAGGUAAUUUGAAAAGUCAUUUGAAAGUGCACGCUAGAGAAAACUCUUAGAAGUGUGAUUUUUUUAAGCAGUGUUUUAAAACUGAUAGUUUGAAAGGACAUUAUUUGAUGAUACACAACAGAGAAAAACCUUACUAUAGUGUGUCCCACCUUGACUUUACAGCACCGGUUCUUAUGACCAACAGUGAUGCCAAAUUUUAUCAGAAAGAGGUUUUAAGCAAACAUACUUUUUCUACACGCUCUGAGCUUCGCUGGUGUCGCUACUAGCGGAUUACUAAUGCAACUUUCACCGGUAAUUUUUAAAUUUAUUAUUUAAUUGUUAUGGCAUAUUAUUUACAACGCAAAAAAGUAAUUAAAUUGUAAUCGAUUUUUUUAAGAUUUUGCUAAUCAUUUUGACGUUCUAUUGAUGAAAUAUUAAUUUCUUACUUCGGAUACUUUCACAAUUAUCGUGUACAUGGCGCUAAGAUUAACAGAUUAAUUUUUAAUUACAUAUUACGGAAUAUUAAAAAACUUAAAUUCAGUUUUUAGAACGUAAGUAUAUUUAAGGUAAAAAUAUAUACCACAGCUUUGACCAACUAAUAUUUUUUCUAAUUAAUGUUUUUAAUUUCAAUUUUAAAUUUAAAAUUUUUUAAGAUUUCAAUUUUAAAGUGAAUAUGAAAGAUAUUCACUUAUUCUAACGUUUAAUGGUCUUGAUGUUUCACCUAUAUAAAAUUGUUCGCAUUCACAAGGUAUUUUAUAAAUACAAUUCUUUGUUCUUUCUUGUUCAUUGUUAGGUUUAGUUUUAGAUAGAAUAUAUCUCAAAGUGUUUGUUGUUUUGAAUGUUGUUGAAAUGUUGAAUUUAUUUCCUAUUGUUUUAAGUUUCUCGGAUAGAUUACAUGUAAUCGAAUGAACUAUCUUUAGGAAAGUCGUCCCAGGAACGCAACUCAUACAUAUUGGCAAUAUCAUUUUAAAGUCUUCUACUUUCAAAUGUAUCAUACGUGUCUGAAUUGCGGAUAUAAAUGAGUCAGAUUAAAUAAAUUAUUAGAAGAAUUUUUUUACUAAGCAACAACAUUUUUGUUUAAUUUAGUAGUAUUUUGUAUUUUGACAACGACACCCGAUUUGGGCGUCGUAACGUUAAUAAAAUUAUUUUUUUCAAUUUAAUUGUGGCUUAUUUCCCAUCUAAGUAGAUAAUUAAUGAAAAAUAUUGUUUUACUUGCCUGUAACGGGUUAGUUUUAAUUUAACAUUUUUAGGGACCUACAUUUUUAGUACCUUGGUAAUGUUCGAUUGAAAAUUCUUUUGAAGAAAAUCGGCAUCGCCGCGCUAAAAACUCCCAUAAGGAUUGUAUUGCCGUAUGUUCGUGUACUGGAAAGUCAAGGUGGGACAGACAUUAGUGUAAUGUUUAUUUUACUACGAAAUUUCUUAUUUAUUUUUAGACACUAAUUGUUAUACGAUUGACUUUAUUAUUAUGUUUACAAACUUACAUUUAAAUAAAAAAUAGAAAUAC